AUGUUAGCAUCUAAUUCAUGUAGUCUUUCUUAUAAUCAACCAACAUUUUGUUCUAAUGCUAUAUGGUAUUCUAAUGCAUCAACUUUUGCAUCAAAUACUACAAUUGGUACUUCACCUUAUGGUAUUUUUAUUGAUGGAAUUAAUACUGUGUAUGUACCUAAUACAGUUACUAACACUAUUUUAUCAUGGCCUCAAGGGAGUACUACAUCAACAAGUAAUAACUAUACUAAUUUGAGUAAUCCAUAUAGUCUUUUUAUGUCUAUGACUGGUGAUAUUUAUAUUGAUAAUGGUUAUUCAU